AAGAGAGAGAGCGCAGGGGGAGGAAGACGACGAGGAGGAGGAGGAGUAGAAGCGUGAAGAUAUAACAAGAGCGUCUGUCGAUGUGCGCCUCAUUUCUCAAAAGAAAUGCAAAGUGGCGCUUGGCUGCCAUUCAUUUAGUACUCGCCGGCGCUGAAACCCCGAAUAUUCCCCAACUUUGGGACUUCUUUUUUUUUUUUGUUUUUAUAUUUUAUUUUUGUAUGUAAAUAUAUAUAGAUAGAUAUAUAUUUUUUCAGAACUGACAGUUUUGCCCAGUGCGCGCGCACCCGUGGGAUUCGGAUCGACACGAGUGGAGUUGUCCAAUGCAAAACUACCUGUAUGAGAAAGCCAUGGCACAAGAGACAAGGAACGGGGGAAGCUCCACGUUAAACAACAACAACAACGGUGCCGACAACAGCAAGAGGAAGCUUCUGGUUGCGCUGGACAUCUUCUGUCUUCUACUUGCAAUGCUGCCCAGCCUUGUUCUGCACCGUACCUCAAUUCGGCCCUACCAGAGGGGGUUUCACUGCGGUGACUCCAGCCUGACGUACCCCUACAAGAACAGCACCGUGCCCUCCUCGGUGCUCACUUCUGUUGGGUUGACACUGCCCGUGGUGUCUAUUGUGAUCGGCGAAUCCUACAGGGUUCACCAGCUCCACGAAGGGACUAAGUCCUUCGUGGGAAACCCUUACGUGGCGGCCUUCUACAAACAGAUAGGCGUGUUUAUCUUCGGUUGCGCCAUCAGCCAGUCGUUCACGGACAUCGCCAAGGUGUCGGUGGGCCGCAUGAGGCCGCACUUCCUGGACGUGUGCAAGCCGGACUUCACCGCCAUCAACUGCUCGCUGGGCUACAUCACCGAGUACGCCUGCAGCGGCAAGGAGAGUGACGUGCAAGAAGCGAGGAAGUCUUUCUUCUCUGGACAUGCUUCGUUCUCCAUGUUCACCAUGCUCUACCUGGCAUUCUAUCUCCAGUCUCGGUUCACGUGGAGCGGCGCCCGCCUCCUGCGCCCACUGCUGCAGUUCACCCUGCUGAUGAUGGCGUUCUACACCGGGCUGUCGCGCGUCUCCGACCACAAGCACCACCCCACCGACGUGCUGGCGGGCUUCGUGCAGGGAGCCCUGGUGGCCUACUUCAUCGUGUACUACGUGUCUGACCUGUUCAAGCCCAGGCUGAAGGCGGCGCCGUCUCCUCCGUCACCCAUCAAGAAGGAGCUACUGCCCUCGUCCGACAUCAUUGAGAGGAACAACCACCACAACAUGGUGUGAGGAAGACCGCCGCGCCUCCUCUUCCUUGUCCUCCCGCGACCAAUCACGUCGCCGCUCACCUCCCAUCGGACAGUAGAAUGUAGCUAAAAGGGCAAUUUCAACAACCGCAACUCCAACCUCUGUCAUUCUGUGAGGAACCCCACUCCGGGCGGUUGUUCGGCAAGCGUGGGGAGUAAACGACCAGAUCCGAGAAAAUCAAAAUUGGAAGACGACAGGCGGAGCUUGAAAGAGGUAAUAAAAUGACAAAAUAAUGAAACCGAAGAGAUCAAAACAAACUUCCUGCAAAAGGGAGAGAAGUAAUUCUAGCGAUGUUUACUCUCUGGAGUCUCUGUGGCCUUGGAGUGGCAGCAACAACUUCCUGAGAGACGGGAAGGAUGAAAAAUGUAAUUUAAAGCACUGUUUGUCCUUUAUUAUUUUUUUGGUAAAAAAAAUUCAAUGACCGUGAUCACCACUUGCUGCCUGGCGCGUCAAAGCGGAAACCCAACGACGCCGUUUUUGAAUGUCACACCGGCCUCGCUCGUCGGGCUUUCUACUGAGCGCGCUCAGUGCAGCCUAAAACUCGGGAUGUUGCAUUUAUU